AUGGAUCCUGUGGAAGCCUACGCUGUCGCUGCGGUCGGGUGUAUCGCGGCACAAGGCGUGGCGAGUCGGCUCUCGGCGCGCUCGCUCCAGCGUCGGUGGCCCCGGCUAGACCGGUUCUGGUGCCGACACUUCCUUUACCCGCGCCUCAUCCAUCGCCAUGGGUGGAUCGGCCCUUGGACACGGGCAGAGGUGGUGGUCCUCACCAUCUACCUAAUAGGAACCGCCACCGCCGUGGCGUACGGUUGGCCGGCACGAGAGGAGCUGCGCCGUCGUUUGGGGGGCUUGGCCAUGGUCAACGCGGUGCCCCUGUACUUUGGCACCACGCACGAUCUCCCCGCGACAAUCCUGGGUCUCUCGCUGCCCCAGUAUGGACGUGCACAUCGGACGGUGUCGGGGGUUUUCGUGUCUCUGGGGGCGGUACAUUCCUGGCUGGCCUGGCGUCAAGUCGAGAAGCUCCAGGGCCCCGCGGGAUGGACGUGGAAUCUAUUGGUAGGUAAGUGGCUCGCGACCCGACGAAUGCUGCUGACAGGUGCUCUGGAGAUCGUCGCCGCCCUCCUGUCGAUUCUGUUCAUGGCGCUCCUGCCUCUCCGCACCCGCGCGUACGAGCCGUUCCUGCGUGGCCACCAGGGCCUUGGCCUGGCAUGCCUUGUCGGACUGUGGCGUCAUGCGGGCCCGCGGUUGGACCCGCCUCACUUUCAGGUGCCCCAGAUCGCAGUGUUGGUGGCCACCAUCGCUCUCGGUCUCCCCGUGCCGUGGGAUCUGUGCCGCCUCGUCUGGCGCAACCGGAUAGUCGCUCGAGUCCUCGCUCGGAUGCUCGAUCGCAAGUGGCCUUCUGCCGUCGGGACGGUCUAUGGACAGGGUGACAGCAUGAUGGGCAUCACGGUAUCCAGCGUGGCUAGGUUCGACCUCGGCCUGGGCCAGUACGUGCACCUCGUAGGCCUUCGGACUUCUGCCCUUUCCAUCUUCCAAAGUCACCCGUUCAUGGCCUUCCGCGCGGCGGAGGACGGCGACGUGGGCUUGUUAGUGGAGAAGCGAGCCUCCUUCACCGCCAACCUGUUUCGCCAUCCGACCUUGGCGUCUCCGAGCUCCACCGAAAUACAGCCCGCCGUGGAUCGACACAUCCCCGUGCUGCUGUACGGACCCUAUGGGAGGAGGAUCUCGCUCGGAGGGUUCGAUCACUUGCUGGUGGUGGCCGAGGGGCCAAGUCGCAUCGUGUCGAUCUUACCAUACCUCCUGAACCUCGCCCACUCCCACCAGGGUCGCGUCCAUACGAUGAGUAUCGUCUGGCAACUACGCGACGCAGGUAAGCUCCAUCUCGUCCGACUGCGUUUGGUGCGUGUUCCAAUCAUACCUGCAGGACAGAUCGAACACUGUCGACGCGUACUCGAUGACCUUCGGAUAAAAGUCCGUGGCCACCAUAGUCUGGUGAGUCGAAGAACCCAGCCCCACGGUGUCCGGCGAGAUUGGACCCUGUUGACUUAG